GAGAGUGAAAAACCAGUAGGAUUCACGGAUAUCAUUAGGGAUUUUCCUUCUAUUAAUUUUUUUAUUUCGAAGCUGCUUUGCCUCAAGAAAAACAAGAGGACAUAACUACUUUAGCUAGCUAACAAAACACAACCCUGGCCAUGUCUGAGACAUACGAUUUCCUGUUCAAAUUCCUAGUGAUUGGGAAUGCAGGAACUGGAAAAUCAUGUCUUCUUCACCAGUUUAUUGAGAAGAGGUUCAAAGACGAUUCUAAUCACACCAUCGGAGUGGAGUUUGGCUCAAAGAUAAUCAACGUAGUGAACAAAUAUGUCAAACUCCAAAUCUGGGACACUGCAGGACAAGAGAGAUUCAGAUCUGUGACGCGGAGUUACUACAGAGGAGCUGCAGGAGCGCUGCUUGUGUAUGACAUCACCAGCCGGGAAACCUACAACGCCCUGACCAACUGGCUGACAGAUGCCAGGAUGCUGGCCAGCCAAAAUAUUGUCAUCAUCCUGUGUGGUAACAAGAAGGACUUGGACGCAGACAGGGAGGUCACCUUCCUGGAGGCGUCUCGCUUUGCUCAGGAAAAUGAGCUGAUGUUUCUGGAGACCAGUGCUCUGACAGGGGAGAAUGUGGAGGAGGCCUUUGUGCAGUGUGCCAGGAAAAUUCUCAACAAGAUAGAGUCGGGAGAGUUGGACCCGGAGCGGAUGGGAUCAGGGAUCCAGUACGGAGACGCGGCGCUGCGACAGCUGCGCUCCCCUCGCAGGGGACAGGCCGAGAGCGCCCAGGAAUGUGGCUGUUAGUGAACACGCUCAGUGUGCCCAGAUCCAAGGUUAGUGAAGACUCAGAUGACAGAUGUAAGGACAUGAUAUAGGGCUCAUCAUGGCGGAGCGACUCUUCCCUGACCUUCUUUUAACUUCCCAACUUCCGGAUGUUCCGUCAGUGACCCACAGAGAGUCCCGGAUUUCUGGACCCAAUCUGGAAUGCUGAGCUUGUUCCUGCACCCCUCAGACACAGGCAGAGAUGCCCCUGUUCCAAUCUCCUUUAAGAGUGGACCAAGCCUUUCAAUCAUCUUGGCUGUAUUCACAAUGCGUCUCUAAGUAGGAGUGCUGAUAUUAUUUAUUUUUCCUUUUAGAUCAUAAUGAAUAAGAAAACAUGGACAGGGGGACCUGAUCCUAGAUCAGCACACUUAAUCUGAGACGCUACAUGAUUACGGGCCCUGGCAUUUUACUUACACCCCUGUACUGCUGCCCUAUCCCUACACACAGCAUCUUGCAUUAUGUACAGUAUUAUCUGUAUAAAGAAUAGAUCAUUUAAGUCCCUCAAAGCAUGUUUUAUGGACUGAAUAUCACAGUAUUUCAUUAUUAGCUGCAGAAUAAUCUAUCAAUUAUGACAUCACAUUUUCCUUUGUCAUGUUACGGUGAGAAUUAUCAAUCAGCACUGUCUCACGCUUGCCGGUUUCAUUGACCCGUUGUUUGUCAUGUUACGGUCAGAAUUAUCAAUCAGCACUGUCUCGCCUGCUGGUUUCAUUGACCCGUAGUUUGUCAUGUUCUUUGUGUUGAUAUUAUUAGUUGUUUUUUUCCCUAAUUGUUAUGAGUCAGGCUUUUUUAAUUUAUUCUCAAUAAUAUAGCUACUCUUUUUAAAAUAAAGUAUUUAAAAAUGGUU